AUGGGAGACGCAGCACGUGGCGUCCUUCUCUUCGCGUCACUUCUGUCCGUCCUGUUAGGCUUGAGGUCCGUUUUGAAGGCUCGUCUCGCGCAGCACGAGCCGCCGCCUUCGGAUCGGUUGGAAGACGAGAAGCCAACCCUUCGGAGACCGACAAAGCGCGUGGCGAGGCCAUUGGUGAGCCCACAAAGGUUGAACAAAUCAAAAGUGUGGUCGACGUUGUGCGGAGGGCAUCCGUGUUUGGUAUUGAGGCACAUGAGCAAGACGGGUGGUACAUUCGCCCAGGCCUUAUUGGAGCAAGUGGUAGAUAAACCCUUCCUUCGCAUCAUCCGUGACACAGACGCGCUGACGCCCAAGUUGCGCAGUGGGAACUUCGUCUUGGGGACGAUGCGAAACCCCUGCGACUUGCAGGUAAGCUUAGCUCACUUCGCGCCUUCGAAAGCCUUCAUGGGUGAGUGGCGGACCAUGGGCCCGCCCAUACGACCGAAGAAGGAGCAAUGCGAUCGGGGCCUGGAGAGCGGAAUCUUCGAGAGCUGGGUCUUGAACUCCCGUCGCAAGACGAAGGCUGGGCCGGUGGGCAUUCAGAGUGUGCGAUUCUGGCUCAUGUAUUUGGCAUCGCACAAGUGCCUGCCAAUUGUCCGAGAAUAUGCAGCUAAAGGCCCAAAGAACAGAGAGAGCACCCGGUGGCAGUACUCACGAGCGAGCAGGGAAGCAAACUGCACAGAAGCGCACCUGCAUUCGAGCUUGAAGUCUUUUCGGCCGACCGAGGUUGCAGACUGCUGGAUGUUCACCGAAACCUAUUGGGAAGAUCUAGAGCGGUGUCUGCGGGACUACGGCAGCCUCUCUGAAAUACUGGCAUCUUCCAUUUCCUGGGAAAGGUUCUAUGCGAUUCGUGCGAACACUUCCUUGGCUCUCAGUCUGGACGACCGCCAUUCUCCGGAGAGGAAGUCUCGUCAAACAGGCUGCAGUGCGUACUUUCAGAAGGAAGAUUUCCGAAAGCUGGAGAUGGAUGCAGAUGUGCACCUCUUCUCGCGCUUUGGAUACCAAUGCUGCGGCGCAAGGCAGCCGCGAAACCACCGCUGA